GAUAUAAUAACAAUUAUGGAUGAUCAGGUGGGCAGGUGUGUGUAUAUUGAUGAUGUUCUCUUUGGUGGCAGCUUCAAGGUGAGCGUCGAGUCGUGGAUGUCCGGCAUGAUGAACGGCAUGGACUCGUGCACUCAAAAUGGCACCGCCUCGUCCAAUUCAUCCCAGAGCGGCCACAUCGAGGAAUCCAAGACAAACCUCAUCGUCAAUUAUCUCCCACAGAACAUGACGCAAGAAGAGAUCCGUUCUCUCUUCUCCUCCAUAGGCGAGCUUGAGUCCUGCAAACUAAUAAGAGACAAGGUCACAGGUGAGUCAGGUGAGAGUGACGCUGAUGGUCUAAUGGCCACCGGGCCCAAGUGUCAGAGCCUCGGCUACGGGUUUGUCAACUAUGUUCGACAGGAUGACGCUGAGCGAGCCAUUAACCAGCUCAACGGUCUACGCCUCCAAAACAAAACUAUCAAGGUGUCGUACGCGAGGCCGAGCAGUGAAGCCAUCAAGGGAGCCAACUUGUACGUGUCUGGCCUGCCUAAGUCAAUGACGCAGCAGGACCUGGAGGGUAUGUUCCGCGCGUAUGGCUCUAUCAUCACCUCACGCAUUCUCUGCGACAAUAUCACAGGAUUGUCAAAGGGCGUGGGCUUUAUCCGGUUUGACCAGCGUAUUGAGGCGGAGCGAGCUAUCCAAAAAUUGAAUGGUACUAUCCCAGAAGGCGCAGCUGAGCCCAUCACUGUCAAAUUUGCUAAUAACCCCUCAAAUAACAACAAAGCGGUGCCGCCCCUGGCCGCGUACCUGUCCCCUCUGACACGUCGCUAUGGAGGACCCAUCCACCAUCCAGCAGGCCGCUUCCGCUACAUUCCCCUCUCUCCUCUCACCAGGUGGGUCUGUCUGGCUGGAGACCUGCGCACCCCCCUCGCUCACACCCUCCCCCUACCCUUUCACAUGCCCCCCUUUCUCGACAAAUGAUCACAUUGCUCUUUU